UAGAGCUCGCGGGGCCGCGGAGGAGGGCAUCGUGCCGCCCGGCUCGCCGCUUCCUACUCGCCCGCGGGUCGGCGCGCUCGCCCACCUGAGCCGCGGCUGGGGGGCUACCGGGCCCCGCGCUCAGCCGCCACCUGGAAAGGAAAGAGGCAGCGAGGGGGUCUCGGCUCCGAGAUGGGGAGUGGGCGAAGUUGAUAAGCCCCCCGCCCUCCCACCCGCGCUGCGCUUUUUCUGCCCCGAGGGGCCGCAGCCUGCUGUGUGUCGCGCGUGCUGGUUGGCCAAAAGAGCCACAUCAGGGAGAAGGUCCGGCGGAGAGCUGUUUACCCCGGGGAGACCCGCAGCCCAGCCGAGCGGUUUGGGCGGCCUGGAUGCGCAGGACCCGGCCCCGCAGCCGCUGACGGCCGGCGGCAGCGAAGUUUGGCUGCUGAGCGGCUCGGCGCCGGGCCACUGGACAGCCGGCCACCCCACGGCCGAGGCGGCGGGAGCGAUGCCCGUCGGGGGCCUGUUGCCGCUCUUCAGCAGCCCCGGGGGCGGCGGCCUGAGUGGGGGGCUCGGGGGAGGCGGCGGCGGUGGCAGGAAAGGGUCGGGCCCCGCCGCCUUCCGCCUGACAGAGAAGUUCGUGUUGCUGCUGGUGUUCAGCGCCUUCAUCACGCUCUGCUUCGGGGCGAUCUUCUUCCUGCCCGACUCCUCCAAGCUGCUCAGCGGGGUCCUGUUCCACUCCAGCCCCGCCUUGCCGCCCGCCGCCGACCGCAAGCCCGGGCCUGGGGCGCGCGCGGAGGACGCCGAGGAGGGGCGAAUCUGGCACCGCGAGGAGGGCGCGCCCGGGGACCCCGUGGGCGCCCUCCAGGACAACUUGGCCAGGAUCCGCGAAAACCACGAGCGGGCUCUCAGGGAAGCCAAGGAGACCCUACAGAAGCUGCCCGAGGAGAUCCAAAGAGACAUCCUGCUGGAGAAGGAGAAGGUGGCCCAGGACCAGGACCAGCAGCGUGAACGGGAGCAGUUCGGGGGAUUGCCCAAGGUGGACUUCCAGCCCCCCAUCGGGGUGGAGAACAGGGAACCCGCCGACGCCGCCAUCUGUGAGAAGAGGGCAAAGAUCAAAGAGAUGAUGAAACAUGCUUGGAAUAAUUAUAAACGCUAUGCCUGGGGAUUGAAUGAGCUGAAACCUAUAUCAAAAGAAGGCCAUUCAAGCAGUUUGUUUGGUAAUAUCAAAGGAGCAACUAUAGUGGAUGCCUUGGAUACACUUUUCAUUAUGGGAAUGAAAGAUGAAUUUCAGGAAGCCAAAUCAUGGAUUGAAAAAAAUUUAGAUUUUAAUGUGAAUGCUGAGAUUUCUGUUUUCGAAGUGAACAUACGCUUUGUUGGUGGACUUCUCUCAGCCUACUAUCUGUCUGGAGAAGAGAUAUUUCGAAAGAAAGCAGUGGAACUUGGGGUAAAAUUGCUACCUGCAUUUCAUACUCCCUCUGGAAUACCUUGGGCAUUGCUGAAUAUGAAAAGUGGUAUUGGGAGAAACUGGCCCUGGGCCUCUGGAGGCAGCAGUAUUCUGGCAGAAUUUGGAACCUUGCAUCUGGAGUUUAUGCACUUGAGCCACUUAUCUGGAAACCCCAUCUUUGCUGAAAAGGUAAUGAAUAUUCGAAAAGUAUUAAACAAACUGGAAAAACCAGAAGGCCUUUAUCCUAACUAUCUGAACCCCAGUAGUGGACAGUGGGGUCAACAUCAUGUAUCAGUUGGAGGGCUUGGAGACAGCUUUUAUGAAUAUUUGCUCAAGGCAUGGUUAAUGUCUGACAAGACAGAUCUAGAAGCUAAGAAGAUGUAUUUUGAUGCUGUUCAGGCCAUUGAGACUCACUUGAUCCGCAAGUCUAGUGGGGGCCUUACAUACAUCGCAGAGUGGAAAGGAGGGCUCCUGGAGCACAAGAUGGGCCACCUGACCUGCUUUGCAGGAGGCAUGUUUGCACUGGGAGCAGAUGGAGCUCCUGAAGCCUUGACCCAGCACUACCUUGAACUUGGGGCUGAAAUUGCCCGCACCUGUCAUGAAUCUUACAAUCGCACCUUUAUGAAACUGGGACCAGAAGCAUUCAGAUUUGAUGGUGGUGUUGAAGCCAUUGCUACCAGGCAGAACGAAAAAUAUUACAUCCUACGGCCAGAAGUUAUUGAGACUUACAUGUACAUGUGGCGACUGACUCAUGAUCCGAAGUAUAGGAAAUGGGCCUGGGAAGCUGUGGAGGCCCUGGAAAGUCACUGCAAGGUAAACGGCGGCUACUCUGGCCUAAGGGAUGUUUACUUCAUUCAUGAGAACUAUGAUGAUGUCCAACAGAGUUUCUUCCUGGCAGAAACACUAAAAUAUUUGUACUUAAUAUUUUCUGAUGAUGAUCUUCUUCCAUUGGAGCACUGGAUUUUCAACACCGAGGCCCAUCUUCUCCCUAUACUCCGUGCAGAACGAAAGAAAGUGGAAGAGAAAUAAAAGACUUUUUUUUCAUUUCAUUCUGUUUCAUUCCUUCCAUUCUAUACCUUAAUCAUUCCUUUUUCCAGUGAUCAGACACAUGAUGUACUUUUAUCACUAAGUCUGUGAUUAUUCUAAGUUCUACAACUGUUUUGCAGUCUUUUAUGUUUAUUAUCAUGGCAUCAAUUGGACCUCUGUUCCUUACUCCUUUUGUUAUUCAGCCAGUGGAUCCAUGGAUUUAUUUGUUUCUGUGUGUUUUUCUUUAAAAAAUCCAUUAGCUCUGGAAUUCAUGAAGGUAAGAUAGCACUUUCAUGAAACUGAGUAGUGGUAUGCCAAUGACCUCUUAAUUACAAUUUGAUUUGACUGCAAAACUCUUUCCUCCUCUAUGAGGAGAUGAUGUCUGCUUUAAGCUGUAAUGUUUUGCCAUGUUGCAAAAAGCCAUAAUAAUAAAUUAUUAAAACA